AUGGUUACGACUUUCGAUUGCUUGCAGUCUGCCCCAGCCAUCAAGUCGUCGUGGUUUUCGGUGUUUGGACGCGCCUCCCCAUUCCGCGACGACAACUGCGACCGAGACCAUGCCAAAGCAGAACACCGGGUCUGCCUCGUACUUCAACUACAGGAUCGUGUGCAUUCUGGCUACAUUCGAAGCACUUCCCAGCAAGCGCACUGCAUGAUCAAGGAAUCCUCGCAACAAGAGACCCGUGGGGCCGUGAACCUUAUCGGUAAGCAGGCAGCCCUUGGCCUUAUCCUUGUGGACCAAGACCUCACUGCUGCUGUAGCAGGAGAUGCUGACGUUGUCUCCUUCCUUCCAGGUUUUGGCACGGAGCCCAAGGAUCGUGCUGCCCUUGUCGAUGAUGGGGAUGGGGUCGCCAACCUUGGUGGCGUCACGCUAUCGACAACACCGGUGAAAUUGUACUUGGUUGGAUUGGGCGAAGAUCAGCGAGAGGCAGGCCGUGCGGAUCCCACCAAAUCGCAGACCCAUACCUUGAACUUCUUCUUGCUUUCGCUGCAGGCCUGCGACUCGGUUGCCUCCGCUUCAAGCCGGCUGCACGAGCCGAGAGGACUGCUCCGUGCCGCAUGGACUAGCGAGAAUGCUGCGUUUGCGGCGUGGCUUCGGUUGCCGCUCCCGCUCCGGAAUCUUCUUGUGCGGGUGCGGGUCAUCAAGACAUUACGCACCGUACUUCGCUACGCAGGGUCCUCUAACAGCAUCGUGGAUCCUGCGCUUACCACAACAUCAUCUCUGCCUCUCCGUCCUCCACCCAUCGUGCGCCAACUUGGAUCCUCCGAGUUGGGACGAUCACGACUGGAUCCGAAGGGGAUCCGAUGGGACUUGGAUGGUACCACGCGCAUAGCAAGCUCAAGCACAGCUUCCGGCUCCUCGCAGCAGCCGACCGUGCCUAGCGCUCGGAGCCUGUUUCGCCACCUAUUUGGCGACACCCACGAGGAUGCGACGAUGCAGGAUGUACACGAGCCGACGACGGGCGACAACGCUGCUCCUACGGACGACGACGACGACACGACGGUCCACGGAGCCGCAAGCAGCACGGCGUCCACAUCAGCUGUGGCUAGCGGCUCUUCACCCGGAGCUGGCGAUCAUCGACCGAAGUCAUCUUACACCAAGGACAGGCGCAUCAAGGUUAAGGCAAAGAAGACGGGCUGCUAUCGCCAUCACAACGACAUCCUCCCCGAACGUCAGUGCAAGCCGAUAUACACGACGCAGAGGCUGCGCAAGACGCUCUUAACUCGAUUCUGGCCUAAGAAAGGUUGUCACACUUGCCUCGGCCGCGGCCAACCCUGCGUCCCCCCUGAUCCCAGCGGCAGUCAUGCGGAGAAGUGCAAGAACUGCUCGGACAACGGCACGCCUUGCAGCUGCAAGUGGAUCCUCGACCGGCACAGAGUCUCCGAGAUGCUCACCCGUCUCCGCCACCAGCAAGACCCCUCGGACAUCACCCCCACCUUUCUUGCCGCGGAACGAGAUCUGUACGCCCAGUACAAUGCCGACGAGGACCACGAGCACAUGCACGCUCCUGCAUCUCAGCCCAGCGAGGGACAAAUCGAAAAACCCUACGUGGACCUCCAGUUCUACACGGACGUCACCAGCGCCGUCCGGACGAUCUUUGCACGAUUUGACCGGAUUGCGAAGACGACCAGGAGCGACGACGAAGAGCACGAUGUCGAGCGCAGCUGUCUGCAGUCGAUACGCGAGGCGUCUGGACUGCUCGGCGAUGUAAGUACUCCUAGCGACGCGCAAAGCAGAGACGACGGCGGUGCUUACUCGUUCGCCUCGCCGACAGUACAACUCGAAGAUCAAGUGAGCUACCAGCAGUCUCGGCUUCUCUCUUCGUCUUGCGGUCGGUAUAUGUGUCGAGACAUUCUCCCAGGCUUGCGAUCGCGCCUCGAGAGACAGGGCAAAAUGCGACUUCCGACCGCCUCGGAGCAUGCCACGUCGCAAAUCUCAAUUGUAGCGUGGAAGCCAUAA